GUAGCGUCUGCUCCUUCACCAUUCCCCUCUCUACUCUUUCAGAUUCUUCUUUCUCCAUCUCUGUCCAUUUUUCUCUUUAUCACCAAAUUACAUAAAUAAGGAAAAAAAAAGGGACAAAAAAAAGAGAAGGAGAUGGUUCAACCAUUCUCCUCCUCCUCCUCCGCCUCCUUUUCUUCUCUACCAUGAAAGCAGAUCUAUUUCUCUUCUUCUUUGCAGAAGAAGCAGUGAACCGAAAAUGGCUAGAUUUGUGUCUGAUGUUCAAGAAUCUACCCAACAGGACAAGACACAGGAACCUCAACUGAAACCUCCCCUCUUCUGUCGCGAUUCCCUCUACUGUUGCGAGGAAAGCUGGGAAGAGCUCGGAGAACACGAAGAAGAGAGCUUCUCUGUCGUGAAUGGCGGUGACGAUGACCUAUUUCCUGUUUCGGUAGGCCAGGAUUUGUUGUGGUGUGAAGAUGAGGAGCUUUCUGCUUUGUUGUCCAAAGAAGAACUGAAAACCCUAGAACCCGACCCAUGUCUGAACCAAGCCCGGAUUGAGGCUGUGGAUUGGAUCCUUCGAGUUGUCUCCCAUUACUCUUUCUCUGCCCUCACUGCGCUUCUCGCAGUGAACUACUUCGAUAGGUUCUUCUCUGACAUCCAUUUUCAGGCGGAGAAGCCAUGGAUGAGCCAAUUGACUGCUGUGGCUUGUCUCUCUCUUGCAGCCAAAGUGGAAGAGGUGGAUGUCCCUCUUCUGUUAGACAUUCAAGUGGAGGAGAGUAAGUAUAUGUUUGAGGCCAAAGCAAUACAUAAAAUGGAGAUUUUGGUUCUUUCUGCUCUCCAAUGGCGGAUGCAUCCUGUAACUGCUCUCUCAUUUCUUGAUUACUUCAUAAUGAGACUUGGCUUGAAGGAUUUCCUCUCUUCGGAAUUGGCCAGGAGAUGUGAGCUCGUACUGAUCUCUGUCAUUUCAGAUUCUAGAUUCCUGUUAUACCUUCCUUCAGUGAUGGCUACCGCUACAAUGCUGCAUGUUAUCUCGAGUUUCGCUCCGUCCCUUACAGAGUUGUAUCGAAACCAGCUUAAGGGCAUGGCUAAAAUCGAUAUGGAAAAGGUGGAUAAAUGCUUGGAGCUGAUGAAAGAAGCCGCACCAGCAUCACGCCAUGGCAACCAAACCAACAAGAGGAAGUUCGGUCUGAUCGCAUCUCCGAGCAGUCCAAACACCGUAAUGGAAGGAUCGUUUGGCACCGAGGGCUCAUCAAACGAUUCCGGGGACGUUUCUUCUUCUUCGUCGGUGGCUUCAUCGCCCGAGCAAGUGUCCAAGAAAAGCAAGGGAGAGUUGGGAGUACGGAUAUAGAAGCUGAGGAGUGAGAGCAGCAAGAGAAAGAAAGCCGAGUAUUUUGUAAUAUGAAUAAUGGGAGCAUUGUGACAUUUUGUGUUCUUUCAUAUGUUGGCAAAGUUAAACUGCCUACCCUCUCUGCCAUCGAUGGUGAGAGUGAGAGAUGGUGGUGCAUUUUAUC